UGAGAUUUAAAAACCAAUUAUAUUUCAAUAGCAUCAACAAUAAAAUACAUAAGAAUAAAUUUACAGACACAGACAGCUCUCUGCACUGAAGUGUACAGAAUACUGCUGAGAAAAAUUACAUGUAAACACAUGAAUGUAUAUAAUGUUUAUGGAUUGGAAGCUUCUAUUUUGUUAACAUAUAACUUCUUCCAGAUUAACCUAUUGAUGCAAUACAAUGCCAAUCAUAAUCCCAGCCAACUGUCUGGCAAAGAAAAACAGAUCAGCUUCUUCCCUGGGAACUACAAUCAGCAUCUCUGCAUCAAGCCACCAUAUCUUUGAACUGUGUCUGUGAGCAUCUGUACUCUAUCUGUUUAUUUUGCAUCUGUUGGCAAGAUGUGUCCUAAGGCUCGCUUCUCACAUGUGCGGAUGAAAUAUCUUUUCUUUUCCUGGUUGGCAGUUUUUGUUGGAAGCUGGAUUAUAUAUGUGCAAUAUUCCACCUAUACAGAACUAUGCAGAGGAAAGGACUGUAAGAAAAUAAUAUGUGACAAGUACAAGACUGGCGUUAUUGACGGACCUGCAUGUAACAGCCUUUGUGUUACAGAAACUCUCUACUUUGGAAAAUGCUUGUCCACCAAGCCCAGCAAUCAGAUGUAUUUAGGGAUUUGGGAUAAUCUACCAGGGGUUGUGAAAUGUCAAAUGGAACAAACACUUCACCUUGAUUUUGGAACGGAAUUGGAACCAAGAAAAGAAAUAGUGUUAUUUGAUAAACCAACUAGGGGAACUACUGUACAGAAAUUCAAAGAAAUGGUCUACAGCCUCUUUAAAGCAAAAUUGGGUGACCAGGGAAAUCUGUCUGAACUGGUUAAUCUCAUCUUGACAGUGGCUGAUGGAGACAAAGAUGGCCAGGUUUCUUUGGGAGAAGCUAAGUCAGCAUGGGCACUUCUUCAAUUAAAUGAAUUUCUUCUCAUGGUGAUUCUUCAAGAUAAAGAACAUACUCCCAAAUUAAUGGGAUUCUGUGGCGAUCUCUAUGUAAUGGAAAGUGUUGAAUAUACCUCUCUUUAUGGAAUAAGCCUUCCAUGGGUCAUUGAACUUUUUAUUCCAUCUGGGUUCAGAAGAAGUAUGGAUCAGUUAUUCACACCAUCAUGGCCCAGAAAGGCUAAAAUAGCCAUAGGACUUCUAGAAUUUGUGGAAGAUGUUUUCCAUGGCCCCUAUGGAAACUUCCUCAUGUGUGAUACUAGUGCCAAAAACCUAGGAUAUAAUGAUAAGUAUGAUUUGAAAAUGGUGGACAUGAGAAAAAUUGUGCCAGAGACAAAUCUGAAAGAACUUAUAAAGGAUCGUCACUGUGAGUCUGAUCUGGAUUGUGUCUAUGGCACGGAUUGUCGAACUAGCUGUGAUCAGAGUACAAUGAAGUGCACUUCAGAAGUGAUACAACCAAACUUGGCAAAAGCCUGUCAGUUACUCAAAGACUACCUACUGCGUGGUGCUCCAAGUGAAAUUCGUGAAGAAUUAGAAAAGCAGCUUUAUUCUUGUAUUGCUCUCAAGGUCACAGCCAAUCAAAUGGAAAUGGAACAUUCCUUGAUACUAAAUAACCUAAAAACAUUACUGUGGAAGAAAAUUUCCUACACAAAUGACUCUUAGUUCAUUUUCACAUUGUGACCAUUGUCGGAAACUUAACACUUAGAAAAUUUUAAGCAUUUUAAAGAAGGCUUCUGAUUCAAAUCCUUGUUACACAAAACUUCUUUUCCCUGGUCCUGACACGCCAUCAUCUAGAAGUGUCAACUGAUGAUGCAAUGGCAGAAGGUAUAGGACCAAUAGGUCCAAAAAGAUUUCAUUCCUGCUCUUUCAGAAGCCGUGGUACAUUUUCCAGUACGUUCACUGUGUAACUAUUUUGACUGACUGAAAAUAAUGCUGUGAAGCCUCAUUCCAUAAACAUCAACAGUGAGAGUAUUUUGUAGAUUUGUUAGCCAAAAUACCACUGCUGAAAACAUUGUUUGCAUUGAAGCUGCUCUUUAAAAUUUAUAAAUUUACUAAUGUCUUAGCAUGGUGAAGUUUGCACAUUAACAGAAAUGAAGUCUGCAAAACAGAUAAAUUAAAAUUACUCAUUUAUAAACAUGUGAAUAGUAUGCUUUGUUGUAUUGGACUUAAAAUAUGUUACAACUCAGACACCAGACCAUGUGGCUUCAGAAUGUUUUUUGAGAGGCUAUUCCUUAGCCUCUGAAAAUUCAAAAUCUUAUCGAGUGUUCUACUUAGCAACAUGUUAAUUGCCACUUUUAGAAAAUGGAUGAGCUUUCCAUCUCAGACUCAAAUGGUUCAUUUUGGUAUCAACCAGCCAACUGAGUCCUUCAAAAAUGACCAUCUUAAGGCCACAGACCCAAUCCAGAUCCAUGUAUCUUGAAUUUUUGAGUUAUAGAGAAAUGCCACAGUAAGGACUCUUAGGUCUUAACAUUUUUAGUGAUGACAUUUCAAACAGUAUUUCCUAUUGGUCAAAGGGCUAUUUUUAGAGGCAUGUAAACUAGAUAUACAAAAGAUUUGCUCCUCUUUUGUGAUUUUCGUAUUUGUUCAGAUCUGGAUGUAUCUUUCAACAUGUCCAUAAAAUGAAACACCUUUUAAAGACUAGUUCUUUUCUGCUCAGAUUUCACCUGAUUAAAGUAUCUUAGUUAUGUGACCUUCCCUGGAUGGCUUUCUCUCAAAAAUUAAAGCCAUGGGUUAGCACCAGUUUUGUUUACUUUAAAAUUACAUACUUUGAUGGUACCUAUUCUUCCCAUGGAUCAUCUGGUCACAAUAAAUGAAUUAAAUAUUUUCUAGUGGAAGAUUGGUAUGUUGCUUGCCAGACUUUUAAGGGAGAGCUGUACACCAUACAAUGUGAGGGAUAACAUGUCAGGGAGAACAGAAGCCCAAUGAGCAGGUGUGAACUCUUGAGUCACAUGCAAGACAUCUUUUUCUGGAAAAAGCUAUACUUGUUUCUUGAAGAAAAAUACUAUCAAUUUCAGGGUAUUUCCUACAGUUUCAUUAACAAGAGCUUAACACAGAAACAGCUGCUUGUUUAAUAAAUUUAUUGGAAAAAUCUUCACAGAAAA